AUGGCGUAUGAUCCUCGAGGGGAUCACCAUGGCAGGAGAGGAGGAGGAGGAGGCCCAGGCGGUGAUGGAGAGGGUCAAGAUGGCGGUUUCGUGAGAGCCAGGGGUCGACGUCCUGUUACUGAUUAUGGCUCAACCGUCGCCAACUGGAUGCGCCAUCGCUCGCCACUUGACGGCGAUGCAUACACCGGAGAAGUCGAGAGGCCAAGUGCCAGCUUCAUCGUUGAUUUCAUACCACCCGCCGCGAGGAGGACAGAUCCCGGUGACACAAUCCCAGUGAAGCACCUACACUCAUCACUGAACAAGAUCAAGCACCCGGUCAACGUCGUCAGGUGGACGCCAGAAGGACGCCGCCUGUUGACCGCGUCGAGCAGCGGAGAGUUCACAUUAUGGAACGGUACCGGAUUCAACUUUGAGACCAUUAUGCAGGCCCACGAUUCCGCCAUCAGAGCUCUCGCCUAUUCUCACAACGACGACUGGCUCAUCUCUGCCGACCACGACGGAAGCGUCAAGUACUGGCAGCCCAAUUUCAACAACCUUCAGAGCAUCGCCGCACAUAACGACCCGGUCAGAGACCUCGCAUUCAGCCCCAACGACUCCAAAUUCGUCACUGCAUGCGACGACUCGACGCUCAAAAUUUUUGAUUUUGCUGGAGGAGUGGAGGAGUCGACCCUCAAGGGCCACGGCUGGGACGCCAAGAGCUGCGACUGGCAUCCGACAAAGGGCUUGUUAGUAUCAGGCUCAAAAGACCAUCUGGUCAAGCUGUGGGAUCCCAGGACAGGCCGGUGCCUGACCACCCUCCACGGCCACAAAAACACAAUCACAAAGACGCUGUUCGAAAAGGUCCAGGGCGACUGCCUGGCAACGUCAGCACGAGACCAGACGGCCCGCGUCUUCGACCUCCGAAUGAUGCGCGACAUCUGCCUGCUCAAGGGCCACGAAAAGGACAUUUCGACCAUCGCCUGGCACCCAGUCCACUCCAACCUCCUCAGCACAGGCGGCCACGACGGCUCCCUGUACCACUACAUCCUUGACGAGCCCAACACGCCCGCCGGUCACGCAAACUCCGUGGCCCCCUACGACAGCUCCGACCCGUCGACGACCCCGGCGCAGACGAUAUAUCCCGCCCACAAGGUCCCCUUUGCCCACGACUUUGCCAUCUGGUCUCUCGACUGGCACCCGCUAGGCCACAUCCUCGCCUCGGGCUCGAACGACCGCAUCACGCGCUUCUGGUCUCGCAAGCGGCCCGGCGACGCAGACGUCUUCCAGGACCGCUACCACGUCGGUGAGGCCGCCGCCGAGGCCAACGGCACAUGGGACCGCCGCGGCGGGCGCCGCCAGCGUCAGGAGGAGGAGGAGAUGGAGAUGGAAGACGAGAUGGACGGCCUCGUCGACCAGAAGAUGCCCCUCAAGCAACCCAUGGUCCCUGGGUUCCCAGGCCUCCCCGGUCUUCCUGGACUACCGGGCCUACCGGGCCUCUCGAUGCCGCAGAACGGCGGCGCAGGCGGUCCCGUCCCGCCACCGCCGAUGAUCCCCGGCGUCGGCGGCGCAGGUGGCGCACCCCCUCCGCCCCUACCCUUCCCCCUGCCCGGGCUAAACGGUGCACCGCCGCCGCCGAUGAUCCCAGGUCUCCCCGGCGGCAUCGACCCGAGCAACCCAGCCGACCUGGCCAAGAUUGCCGAAAUGAUCCAAAAGGCCGGCGGCACCUUACCUCCCCCGCCACCAGGUGGCUUCGCGCCGCCGCCCGGCAUGGUGCCGCCGCCGAAUUUCGUGCCGCCGCCCGGGUUCCCGCCCAUGCCCAUGUCCAUGCCGCCGCCUCCCGGCGCGAACAACAACAACCACAGAGACCGCGACGACGGUGGCCGUGGCGGCAGGCGGGCGCCGCUUCCUAGUCAGGAGGAGAGUCUGAAGCAGGAGCAGCGACUCACGGUACUCGAGGAACUCUGCACCUUUGGACAAUGCUUGUCUAGUCUCUGUGUAUGCAAGUAUGCGAUGCAGCCGACCUCUCCUCUGUUUCUGUCUCUCUCUCUCUCUAUCCUCGGUCGCUUCCCCCUUCCAAGGUACAGUAAUGGUACAUAUGUGAAAGCAAAGGACAACUAUGGAGAGCCAACUCGGCCUCAUGCUAAAUCCCCGCCAAAUUGA